AUGGCGAUAAGAACAGGCAGAACAACGUAAAAGGAGUAGAACAGUUCCAGCUUGCCGUAUAAGUCCACGUGAACUCCUUGCGUGCUCACCUCCGAGAGUUGUUAUCCUGUGACUGUUCUGUAACUCACUAGGGUGGCGCCAUCCUGGGCCUGAAAGACCAGGGUGCUUGACCGUGCUAAUAGGGAGUGUGCUGCUGUACAGGCAAACUGCGAGAACCAGGUGCUCACAGACUUGAUGAUGCCACAAGCGCCCACGCCCGUGGUGCCUACACGCCCACGUCUUGGUUUUUCCAUAGAAUCCCUAGUCGGCUGUGGAGAUGAGAAACGGGCGUCAACAUCCCCGCCCGCACUGGGCCUCACCAAACUAGCCGAGUCGCCGCCGCACCAGCCGCCGCGAGACUUUACCAACAUCGGACUCCCGCGUGAGUUUCUUCUCGUCCGAGAGCAACAAAUUCGCGACCAGCUGAGGGACCAGCUGCUGAAAGAACAGCUUCAGCGUGUACAGCAAGCCCACCAAGAAUCCAACCUUCGCACCUCGCCCUUCACUUCCCCCGUCCGCACACAGUCACCCUCUCAGUGCGAUGAUGACAAGAAGGCUGCGUCGCCGCUCACAAGCCCGACCUCUCUCCCGCCGCCAAGCCUCCUGCCGGGGACUGGAAUGCAUCUACCGUCACAGCUGUUGCCUCUCGGCGGACACACAGGGCACCCACACCUGCCCUCACACCUCAUGCCACACCACCUCCUUGCCCAGGUGCCGCAGUUCCCGGGCACGCCUAUGCCCCCCGUGUCCUGCCAUAGAGACUAUCCACUCUAUCCUUGGCUACUGUCCCGGCAAGGCAGGAUCUUCCCUCCAGGAUUCCCUGGCGGUCAUGACUUCCCCACCUUCCUGCUGCCUUUCCGGAAGCCGAAGCGGAUCCGGACGGCGUUCAGUCCAAGCCAGUUGCUGAAGCUAGAGCAAGCCUUCGAGAAGAACCAGUACGUGGUAGGCGCGGAGAGGAAGCAGCUCGCCCAGUCCCUCAACCUCUCCGAGACACAGGUCAAAGUUUGGUUUCAAAACCGGCGAACUAAACACAAACGGCAGCAGCAGGAGGAGGAGGGCGGCGAGAACAAGACAGAGACCAAGCAGGGCGAGGACGAGGGCCUGGUUCUGGAACACGAGGAAGAGGAACUUGAUGUGGAAAACGAGGCAGAGACUCACUAGCUGUCCCUCGUGCUUCCCCAGUGUCUUCCUCCCUCGCCGCCCCUCAGCAGCCCACCACCAGGAGCUGUCCAGUACGACGAUAAAUAAACCCGCCGCUCAUGAAGAUGACAUCAAAAUGAAUAUCUUUGUUGUGUUCUCAUUAUUCAGCAUCACGCAUUAUAAAACACUUUGAAGGUGCUCGGGUAUAGAAAAGCGUUUCCUUGCCGUAGUGGAGGCAAGAACCGCCUUUUCUUCCCUCUUUCCCGGUACAUUCCCGAACAUCUCGCCCUAGAGCGGCCAUUGGUCAGUAUAUCUGUCGGUGCGGCUGCUCGGAGGAGACACCCAUCACUGUGCGUGAUCAAGUACAAUAUCUGUGCGUUUUUCCAGUUAUCUACGAUCCACUCGUUGUUAAAAGCAGAAAUGCUCUUCCACCUCGUGAUUUUUCCUCGCUGUGUUACAUAAUUAGCGGCCGCCACAGAGCUGCCUCGCGUGGGUCAUAUUGAUCUGUACCACUACCUGUGUCCCUCGUCAAGCAAAAAACACUUACUAUUUCUUGUUAUCUCUGUCUUGUCUCGUGUUCUAGAAGAGUUUUCCUCCCCGUUUAUAUAUUAUAGAGGCCCCGAUGCCCUCCCUAAAGUUCCUAUGUGUGCCAUAUUUUGUAAAUAUCUGUAAAUAUCAUCAAAUAAUUUAUAUGUAAAUAUUGUAUGUAUGAAGUUUAUUUGUUUUAAAAUAGUCGAGCUCUUUUUUUUCAUGUGCCAGUACCUUGAACAGCUGGAGCGACACCCAACUGUGCUUGACAAUAAAAUGUUAGUCUCCUUCUA